UCGGGCUUAGUGCUUCUGCUUCUCGUAUAACAGCGGAAGAUGGGAAGAAGUUCUAAGAUCUGGCUAGUACGUACCCUACGUCUUCUUCCCCAAGCUACCCGCUUUCCUAACUGAUGUGACCGAAGUCCACGCCAUGGCAAGAUGCGAGGUUGUCGCCGGAGGUAGGUGGUCUCCAUUCUCCGCCGCUGGAAUUCGACGGAGGCUUCUGGAAGCCAUGCUCUGCGGCGCAACAAACCACAAGCGGAAAAAGGGGGCAGAACCACCGCUAAGCAUUCCGCCACCGCCGGAUGAGGACCGGCGGUUGGAGAAGCUAUCCGAGCUACUUCAAGCUGAAGCUCGGGAGUCACGGAGUAGAGAAGAAGCCGAGAAGAAGCGAAAGAUCGAAGCUUUCGAGGAGAUGCAGGGCGUGGUGUUGCGCUUACAGGAAACUGGGGAAGAUUUCGAUCGCCGGCGAGCUGUUGCGGCGGCGGAGGUGCGAAGACUAGCGAAGGAUAACCCAGAAGCUCGGCAGACGCUCGCGAUGCUCGGCGCCAUUCCUCCACUCGUCGGAUUGCUCGAUGCGGAAGACUCAGAAUCCCAUAUCUCUGCUCUCUACGCGCUCCUCAAUCUCGGAAUCGGCAAUGACGAGAACAAAUCGGCGAUAGUGAAAGCGGGAGCGGUUCACAAAAUGCUCGCACUGAUCGAAUCUGGCCUGCCAACGACACCAACGUCGACGGCGGAGGCGAUCGUCGCCGUUUUGCUAAGCCUCGGUGCCCUGGAUGCUAACAAGCCAAUCAUCGGCGCUUCCUCUGGCGCGAUCCUCUUCCUGGUGAACUUUUUCCGUACCCCUAACCCUAACACUAACUCCACCCAAUCCAAAGACGACGCCUUGCGCGCUUUGUUCAACCUCUCGAUCUCCCCUUCCAACGCCGGCCAGCUCAUCGACUCCGGCCUCGUUCCUUGCCUCAUUGCUGCAAUCGGCGAGGACGCUAACAUCAGUGAGCGGGCCCUAGCGGUGCUCUCCAACCUCGUGGCCGCAUCGCCGGAGGGCCGAAGUGCUGUGAGCUGCGUCGCCGACGCCUUUCCUGUGCUUGUAGAUGUGCUGAACUGGAGCGACGAGCCAGGUUCCCAGGAGAAGGCGGCGUACAUUCUGAUGGUAAUGGCGCACAAAUCGCGAGGUGUUGAUCGGGCGGCGAUGGCAGCAGCGGGGAUCACAUCUGCGUUGCUUGAGCUCGCGCUUGUUGGGAGUGCGCUUGCACAGAAGCGGGCAUCUCGGAUUUUGGAAAUGUUUAGCGAGGAUAAGGGCAAGGAGGCUUUGAAAGGGGGGAUAGUAGCUGUUUCUGCACCGAUUGAUUCCUCCGGCGGCGGGCGGAGUAUGUCGGCUGCGUCGGUAGCAGAGAUAGAGGAGGAAAAGGGGAUGAGUGAGGAGAGGAGAGCGGUGAGGAGGCUGGUGGUGCAGAGUUGGCAGAAUAACAUGCGGCGGAUUGCACGGCGGGCAAAUCUACCGCCAGAUUUCGCCCCAUCGGAUUCUUUCCGGGAACUGGCGGCCUCCUCGUCAAAGAGCCUGCCAUUCUAGUUGUUUCAGAGACAAACAAAACAAGCCAGAUGCUUUUGCCAACAACUAGAUAAAGGAAUUUAAUGUUCUUUUGCACACUUGUUUGCCAUGUGCUUAUUCUGUAGGAGUGUUGCAGCAGGAAGGAAGGAAGGAAGAUGGAAGCAGGACUUUCAGAUUUUUUUUUUUUUGUUUUUGGAAAGAGGAUUCUGAUGGGAGCUGAUGCAGUAUUGUAUGCUGUACAAAGGUCCAGAAAUAUUAAUUUGCUCUUGUUUUAUUUGUUUCUUAUGUUCUUAAUUAGUAAUAAUUGAAUAUUUCAGCU